AUGACGAUAUGUACUUAUCACGCACGUACGCUUGCAUCGGAAGCGACCAUCGAAGAUCUGAUGAUGCAAGCCAAGAAGAUCAAGUACAACGUCAUCGGACUGACCGAGACGAGACGACGUCACCCUCUCAACGCCGUAUAUGAAACUGGAGAAGAACUGUUAUUAGGAACAUACGACAGUAGAGGAGUUGGUGGAAUUGGCGCCCUUGUCAACACGAGUAUGGCAAAGAACAUCGACUCUUUCGAACAACUUACGACCCGAAUCGGACGUCUGCAUAUGAGAAGAUGUGGUUCAACACCAGCUUUGACUAUCUUCGUCGCUUACGCUCCAACAUCAAGCUACGAAGAAGAAGAAGUCGAAGCUUUCUAUAUGGACCUGGAGAAGUUCUACCGAGAAGAUCAUGCCUUCUACAAGGCCAUAAUUGGCGAUUUCAACGCCAAAGUUGGCCCAAGAAGAACGCCGGAGGAACUUCACAUCGGGACCUACGGCCUACAAUGGAAUGACCAGGGGGAGAAGCUCUCCGAGUUCAUCAUGACGACUGAGGCCAUGCAUGGGAACUCCCAAUUCCAGAAGCCCUCCUCUCUAUGCUGGACGUGGAAGUCACCCGGUGGAGGGUACCGUAAUGAAAUAGGCCACAUCAUCGUCAAUAAAAGGUUCUGCCUGACGGACGUCGCUGUUGUACCAAAGUUCUAUACAGGAUCGGACCAUCGCCUCCUCCGAGGAAGAUUUUCUUUCACAAGGAGAGCCGAGAAAGCCGCCAAGUUCACAGGGAGAAAUCCCAGAACUAUCAUUAACAUGGAUCUCUUCGCCACGCUAGCCGGCUUUUGGGAGGAUUCCGGAAUGGACAAUAUCGGCGAGGAAUAUGACCGGCUCGUUGAACACCUUCACGACUGCGCGAAGAAGGCUGCGAGUUCUAAAACCACCAAGAGAUGCCUGUCUUUUGAAACUCUUGAGCUGUUACGCCAGCGUGGAGCAGCACGAGCCGCAGGCAAUCAAGAACCCACGUCCGUGCUCGCAAGGCUUUGCAGAGAGGCGAUAAAGGAAGACCUUAAAGAGAGAAGAGCAGAAGUACUGGCUGAAGCUGCAGAGGAGGAGAAAAGGAUCCGCUAUGCCCGUCGAGACUUCGUCGGUCGCAAGACAAGGAUGACUGCUCUCCGGAACCCGAAGGGAACAACCAUUGCAUCGAGAAGGGGGAUGGAGAAAAUCAUCGACUUCUACUCCGAUCUCUUCGACAGCCAUGUCCACUUGCCUCCUCACCAUCUGAGGGAAGACGACAUGUCAUUCCAGAGGUUCUCCCGUCCGAAAUACGACAUGUAA